UCUGUCAAAGUUGUGACUUGGGUAGCGACGGACACACAGAACAGAGAUACGAAAAACACAGUAGAAAAUAGGUGUUUAUUUUCCUAAUCGACAGGGUGCGGAGUCAAAACGAGAAACAUUCUCUAUCGAGCAUUACAGCACACCAUUGGUAGUGAGCAGUGUUGUUGAGGGAUUCGAUUGACUAAACAAAUAUCAUAAUUCUACAGUUGUUUUUGCGAAACUAUCCGUGCCCAUUGUAUGUGUAGUUCGUGCGUAUCUACUUGGUCUCCUUUGUUGCAAUACCGAAGGGCUAUCGUUUAUCUGUGAUUCAACCACAUAAUAUACUAGGUGGUAUCAUCGAAAGCAGUGAUUUGUUUUCAUUCUAUUUAUUCCCAUUCGAAUGUUUGUUGUGUUUCGAGAAUGGUUUUGUUGUGUUGUUAGUAGUGUUUCGAAGUGCGCCCUUUGAAGGUGUCCUGUUUUGUUGUGUACAUUCCCUCGGUUUCACAAGUGUGGUGCCCUUCCCGCGUGCAGUGGUAUAACCAAUCAGCAAAGUUGCGUAGUGUGAGAAGAGAGAAAUAGUUUUGUGGCUUGUUUUUGCCACAUCCAUCAUCUAGUCACAUUCACAAUGGAAGAUUUUACACCACUGAUCAAUCUACAGUUCAAACAUUAAAAUUAUACGCGUUUCGUGAAGCAAUUUCAUUUCAAUCAAUAUUGUACUAGGAGUAACAAAACGAGACGAAAAUUGCAGUUGAAAGCAACAAACAGAAUAAAAUUGCAGAUAACUGGAGGCAACUCUGUGUAACUUCUGCUACCACUGCCACAAUAACGAGCAUCAGAAUCCGCCUGUUGACUCAUAGUGAGUCAUUGCAGAGAAAACAAAUCCUAGAGAGAAGAAAAAAAAAUUCACAGUAGCACAAACCUUCCAUAAGGAGUUUAAGAUAAAAAGCAAAAAAAUACACAGUGAAAUUGCAACACAACUGUCCCGCACCCGGAACAUCCGGAAAGGGAACUUCGUUUCAGUGCAGCACAAAACAGGCAGAAGACGACAAAGGAGCACUACGUAUAAAAGGGCGCAGAUAAACCCACAUAAUUGUGUUCCACCCGGCAAAGAGCAGGAUUAAUUGUUUGGCGCACGCAAGAUGAAAAAUGAACGUGAGCCCCUGCUAGGACAUGCGUCCGACGGUGGAAGCAAUGGGUCUGGUUUGGAUGUUGCCGAACAUCAGCGGCUUCUUGCACGUCCCGAUCUACGCAGUUCGCCAGAAAACAUGAUCGUAGAUGCACCAAACGAUACGGACAGUUUGGUACCGAAGGAGGACUCAGCGUAUGGAUCGUCCUCGGGUGAACCGUACGAACCUUCGAUGCACCGUACACUGGAACAUCCAACGACAAACCUCGACACUAUGAUCCACCUCCUGAAGGGUAACAUCGGCACCGGUAUCCUGGCCAUGCCGGAUGCAUUCAAACACGCCGGUCUGUACGUCGGUCUGUUCGGGACACUGUUUAUGGGUGCCGUUUGUACACACUGUAUGCACAUGUUGGUGAACUGUUCGCACGAGCUGUGCCGGCGGUUGCAGGUGCCCUCGCUAAGCUUUGCCGAUGUCUGCCAGCGAGCAUUUGAAUCUGGUCCAAUUGGGCUGCGUCGCUACUCGAAGCUGGCAACAAAUCUGAUCAACAUGUUUUUGGUAAUUACGCAGCUUGGAUUCUGUUGCGUGUACUUCGUGUUUGUUGCCGCUAACCUGCGUGAAGUCAUCGCACACUAUUUCUUCGAUCUACACACGCGCGUCUAUCUACUACUGCUGCUUAUUCCGAUGGUGCUGCUAAAUUUGGUGAAGAAUUUAAAAUAUCUCACACCAAUCUCGCUGAUAGCUGCAAUACUUACGGUUACAGGACUUUCCUGUACCUUCUACUAUAUGCUGCAAGAUUUACCCAACACACACACCGUUAAGCCGUAUUCUACAUGGGCCCAGCUACCGCUUUAUUUCGGUACGGCGAUCUAUGCGUUCGAGGGCAUCGGCAUGGUAUUACCGCUGGAGAAUAACAUGAAAACACCGGAGGACUUUGGUGGUUGGUCGGGAGUAUUAAACACGGGCAUGGUGAUUGUCGCCUGCCUGUACACCGCUGUCGGUUUCUUCGGAUAUUUAAAGUACGGUGAUUCGGUGAAGGGCAGCAUUACGCUAAAUCUUCCCGGUGAAGAGUUUAUCGCUCAGCUGGUGCGCAUUAUGAUGGCGCUUGCAAUCUUUUUCUCCUACUCGCUACAGUUCUUUGUGCCAAUGUCGAUACUGAAUAUCCACAUUAGGCGAAGAUUACAUACGGAGCAGUCGCGACUUAUCGGUGAAUAUCUUACGCGUGUUUCGUUAGUUGUGUUUACCUUUAUUUUAGCCGCCAUGAUACCGAAUCUCGGAGCAGUUAUUUCACUGGUUGGAGCAGUUAGUAGCUCUACGUUGGCGCUUAUUUUUCCUCCACUGAUUGAAAUCGUUACCUUUUGGCCGGAUAAAUUGGGAAGACGUUAUUGGAUUCUGUGGAAAGAUGUUGCAAUUAUGGUGUUUGGUAUUUUGGGUUUCAUCUUCGGUACGUACACAAGCGUGGCACAAAUAUUGAACCCGGAUUUAGUUUAAAGUAGGAGAGCUAUGGAGGCUAUUAAGAUGUUUAAACACAGGGAUAUGCAUCCGUUUGUACAUUAACGUAUAUGUAUUGUAGAUAUUUUGUUUUUGUUUUUGUUCGUUUGCAUUGCUUCGUUCGUACCACGAUAGUGUCUCACAAAAUUGAUUUGUUAUUGAAUUAUGAGUGUGAAUGGAAGUAACCGGUUGUGUAGUAACUCAUAAAACAGUAUAUUGGAGUAAAAUAAUUGGAAAAGAACUUAAACUAAAACACAAACAUUAAACGACUAAAAUAUUGCUUCAGCGAUAGGUAAAUCUUUUAAAGUUUGGUAUACCGUCAUUAUCUACACCGGUCGGAUAUUUGGUUAUGAAGAUAAAUGUAUCUUUUACCAUAAAAAAAUGCACAUUGGAACUAUUUGAUGAUAAAAAUCAUCUUGCCAUUGUGCGCAGCAAAUGCUUCCAUCUUAUACCAUCAUGUGGCCAGUGUAAAAGUGGUCAACAUUAAAAUGUGGCGGUACUGAUAAACAUAAAAUUGAUAAUAAUCGUAAUAUUUCACAUGAACGCAAGUAGAAUGGAGAAUGAUUGUUAUAAUCAUUCGAAGUGAUGGAUCAAAAGCGCAUGACAAUAAUAUUUACUCGAACAAUGCGUACGAUGGACGUGUGGUAACUAAAGGAAGAGAACAUUCUUCCAUUACGCAAUGGAAAUACAACAUCUAUUGAUGGUGAUAAUACUGUAAAAAAACAAUAACUAAGUUUAGUGUUGAUAUUACCCAACAACCAAUCCCAGCUGUUGGAAGACACAAUAAUGUCUGUUAGCAUUUAGGUGUGGUUUGGUUCCGGUCACAAACUUACCUGCAAACCUUCAGCAGAAAGCUCAAAUAUCUUCAACUUUAGUCGUUUAGCAAAUUAGUGCUAGUACCAUACGGAAAAGGCUGUUUACAAAUUUUCUUUUUGUUUUUCAACUAAGAGUUAAAAUCGGUUCGUAAGCGUAACCGUGUAGUAGCGCAGCAUUAUUAAUUUGUAAGCGCACGAUACAUUUACAGUAUGUACGACAUAAAAAAAGCGGGAAUGACAAAUAUUUCUCUAGUGGAGUGGUAACUAUUGAAGGGAACUAUGAAAUCAACUUUAAACUCUGUUAACUGUAUUUAUACACUACGCAAAUUGUUUCCUUUAUAGACAAUUUAUUUGUUCUUGCAGAGGAGAAGGGUCAGUCGAAGGAUAUCCCGAUUUGGGACCAUGAACGAAUUUAGCAACGAAAAUGAAGGAAAUGAAAUCAAGUUCAAAUUGUUCUGUUCUAACUAGCUGUCAGAGCUCUUUCUCUUCCAUUAGGUUAUUUCAAUUAUAUUAGACAAUAAUGAGAGGGUAGGAUUCCCGCGAUUGUUACAUUUUCACUUUUUCUUCAGCUUUUCUUUAUUUCCGUCUGCUCUUCUAACGAGCCCACUCCAUAAGCAUAAGCCAAAUCGAUACAAGUAGUAAACUUAAAGUACGUCCUAAUCACAUUGCAUUGCAUAGCCCUCACUGGAAACAUAUAAAAGACAACAUUUAAAGUUAAUUGUGCAAAAGCUCCCUUACACGCCAUUUUCGUUGAGUGUGUGUUGUUUAAUUUAUAUUAGCGCAAACAGUGGCAAGUGGGCAUAAUAUUGUGGAAUAUAAAUAAACCGUAUGCAUGAGAUGUAGAUGUGAUGAUUGAAUGAUGAUAUAACCAGCUCGGUCGCCCUCUCCGUUGUCGUGCGAGUCGAUUCUGCUACCAGCACACAUCCUUAUCCGAUAUCAACGUGUUCAGUGUUUUUUGUGUUACUAUCCUAUUUAGCCAAAGGAAAAGAAUGAUUGAGAUCAAGUGUGAAGGUGAAGAAACUGUGUGAACAAAUGGAAUUAACAGUGGAUAUUAAGUUUAAGCGUAGGUGUUUCGUACCGAUUACGAGUAAUGGACUACUGAAUCCACAUACUAAAUAAGCAUGCAAACUGUGUAACCGAUGAUAAUAAAAUAUACAAUUUUAACUAACUAUUUUAAUAAUUAA